AUCUAAAGGUAUCAAUGCCAGAGAGAGAGAGAGAGAGAGAUCCAUGGCGGGUGAGGUGAAGAAGAAGGGCGCCUCCCUGGGAGUGGCGUCAAAGCCCUGCGACUCGUGCCGCUCGACGCCCGCCCUCCUCUACUGUCGCGCCGACGCAGCCUACCUCUGCCGCGGCUGCGACGGGCAAGUGCACGGCGCCAACGGCCUCGCCUCUAGCCACGAGCGCGCCUGGCUGUGCGAGGUCUGCGAGAACGCCCCCGCCGCCGUCACCUGCAAGGCCGACGCCGCCGCCCUCUGCGCCGCCUGCGACGCCGACAUCCACUCAGCCAACCCCCUCGCCCGCCGCCACGAGCGCCUCCCACUGCUCCCCUUCCUCGGUCCCGCCCCCAAGCCCCUGAUCACAGCCGCUGCCACCGGACGUGGGGGCGAGGGAUCCUUCCUCUUCCGAUCCUCCUCCGACGAUGAAGCAGAAGCCGAGGCCGCCUCCUCCCUCCUUCCUCAGGAGGCCCCGGUGCUCCGGUCGGCCGCGGAGUUCUUCUUCUCUGACGCUGAUGCCUAUCUUGAUCUCGACUACGGCUUACCGUUAGACGCUAUCAAGACCGUCGCCGAACCGGAUCCGCCGUCCCUCCUCGCGUCGGAUGGUGGCUAUUUCGAUCUCAAUAUCGCCGGAUCCAAACCAGAAUCGGAUCAGUCGUUAUGCCACAGCGUGUCGUCGUCCGAGGCGGCGCUGGUGCCGGAGGUGUCGCAGGCGUCGGUGGUGGGGAUACCGUGUGAUCCGGCAGCAGCACAGGCGGACCGGGAGGCGAGGCUGAUGAGGUACCGGGAGAAGCGGAAGUGCCGGAGGUUCGAGAAGACGAUAAGGUACGCGUCGAGGAAGGCCUACGCGGAGGCGCGGCCAAGGAUCAAGGGGCGGUUCGCGAAGAGGGUGGAGGUGGAGGCGGAAGUCGGCCGGAUCUACUCAUCGGCCGCGGAGGCGGUGGCGGCCCUCAUGGCGGAGGACGACUAUGGCGUCGUGCCGUCAUUUUGAAGCGUUCGCAUGUCUCGGCAGCUUCCGAAACGAGGCUCUCCAUUGAGCUCUUCAAUGAGCGUAAUUAAUGUAGAAAUAUGUAACUUAAUAUAAGGUUUGAAAGACUUUGAUUUGGACCCCAACAACUGAUUGCUUCAGCUUAAUUUCGUGGGAUCGAGCCACGAGGGAACCUAUUACUUCAACACAUGCAUCCAAGGUGGAGUUGGUAAUUGUAUUGGAUGAGUGUAUCAACUGGUAUUUCUACUACCAUAUACACCGUGCUGUAUCCAAGCAUUUACAUCAUUCUGAAUGCUUUGCAUUUUGUACAUUAUUUGAUGUAAAAGAAUGAUACUGCCUUUUAUCUUUAUUGGAUUUUACGUUCUAUA